UGCAGCAGCAGUCGUGCGUGUUGAUCGGAGCCUGGAGGAGGACACAUCGCGGACCGAACCGAGCAUCAUGGUCGCUGUCAGAUCUGUGGCUUGCUUGUGCCUGCUGGUGGGCAUCUCGCUGCAGGUGGACGUGAAAAGUGGCAAAGAAGGCGGAAAAGCUGGGAAUUUCAUGGAAGAUGAGCAAUGGCUGUCAACCAUCUCUCAGUACAGCCGUAAGAUCAAACACUGGAACCGCUUCCGAGAUGAAGUAGAGGAUGACUACAUCAAAAAUGUGGAUGACAACUUGAGCGCUGAUGAAACCGUGGACACCACCAAAGACCCGUGCCAGAAUGUCAAGUGCAGCCGCCACAAGGUGUGUGUCACUCAGGGCUACCAGAGGGCCAUGUGUGUGAAUCGCAAGAAGCUGGAACACAGGGUCAAACAGAUGGAGCAGAAGGAGAGCAGCUGUAAGUCUUGUCCUGUUGCUGCGUCCUCACCUGUAUGUGGUUCUGAUGGACACAACUACGCCUCAGCGUGCAAACUGGAGCAGCAAGCUUGCCUGACAGGCAAAGACGUGAGCGUGAUGUGCGCUGGCUUUUGUCCUUGUGCCACAGCGUCUGUUACUGUUACAAACACCGAUACAAAACGGGACAGCUGCACUGGUCAGGAACUGGCAGACCUAGGCGACCGCCUGAGAGACUGGUUCCAACUUCUCCACGGAAAUGCGAAGCAGAAUAACUCUGGCAAACUCGGAGCUGGCACCGCUUCAGCUCUGGACAGGAGCCUGGUCGCCAGCUGCAAGGACUCCAUCGGUUGGAUGUUCUCUAAACUGGACACCAACGGUGACCUGUACCUGGACCACGCUGAGCUGACUGCUAUUAAUCUGGACAAGUAUGAAGUCUGCAUCCGGCCCUUCUUCAACUCCUGUGACAGCUACAAGGACGGGAAGGUCUCCACAGCAGAGUGGUGCCUCUGCUUCUGGAGAGAAAAGCCGCCGUGCCUCAGUGAGCUGGAGAGGAUUCAGGUACAGGAGGCUUCCAAAAAGAAGCCUGGGACGUAUGUUCCCAGCUGCGAUGAGGACGGAUACUACAGGAAAGUGCAGUGCGACCAAAGCCGGGGGGAGUGCUGGUGCGUUGACCAGCAUGGUGGGGAGAUGAUGGGCACCAGGAUCCACGGCAACCCCGACUGUGAUGAAGUAGUGGGAUAUUCUGGAGAUUUUGGGAGUGGUGUGGGAUGGGAGGAUGAGGACGAGAAGGAGGUGGAUGAAAAUGGGGAGGAGGCAGAAGAAGAGGAAGAGGAGGAGGAAGGUGAGGCAGACGACGGCGGGUACAUCUGGUAGAAGCGGCUGACCUCACACGGACAGCCAAGUGACCGCUGCUGGCUUCAAACCUGAGAUGACUUUCUCCAACAGCAAGAGGUUUUGGGAUCGGGCUGGAGAGGCAUGUACCAUCCGGUUGGGAUCACUAGUGCCAGGCGGGUCCACUAAUGAAUCAAUGAUCUCGUUUUCUUUUCUUCGAUAUGUGUAUUGCUUCGUUCUCUGUUUCUCAAACGACAGAGCUUUAUGUUUCGCCGUCCUGAAGAGCAGGAUGCGCUGACAACCGCGUCAUAGCUAAAGUCCAUCUGAAGUCCGUUUUCAUCUUAUCGCCAUCUAUGCAUUUAGAGAUUACUGGUAAUUUUGUAUUGUGAACAACCGCUCGAGUAUUAGAGCUGCUGUCCCGCUGGAAUGAAUAGAGAACUGAAAUCCAAACUCUUCAGUGUUUCACAUCCGAUUCUGUAUAUAAAUCCAGUGUAAACGAUCUGCAGGCUCAGCCAAGGUUACCAUGAUUUCAAGCUACCUUGAGGAUAAACGUGUACAGUUUACAACAGUUUCAGUGACG